UUCUUUUUUCUGGUCAUUUUUUUAAUUAAAAACAUACUUUUUAUAUAUAUAUAUAUAUAUACAUACACUUUUUUAUGGCUGAUUUUAUUUGUUUGGCAAUGGCAACUCAGUAUACCGAGGAUAACAAUGGCGCUACUACAAGCAAUAGUCAUCAUCAUAAUAAUAUUGGAAAUUCCCUUAGAAGAUCGUUAGGUGGGUCUACAUUGUUUGGCAGAAGAUCCUCCAGAUCAAAUCCAACUAGCCCACCAAUAACAAGACCCACAAGCGACUCAUCGUUACUUGAAGAAGAGGAAGAAAAAAAGAUACAUAUCCGCAUUGUGCCUAGUAUUGAAAACCCUAGUCGAAGCUUAGUGUUUAGCAUUAUAGAACGUGAUCUGGAAGCUGGUCGUAUUAUCAAAAUAGGAAGAUUUACAGACAGAUCCUCUAUCCAAAACCAUAUAUCAUUCAAAAGCAAAGUGGUGUCCAGAUCACAUUGUGAAAUUUGGCUUCAUCCUGAUGGAAAGGUCUUGCUUAAAGAUACCAAGUCAUCAUCUGGUACAUUUGUUAACCAUGUCCGUCUGAGCCCUGCAAACACAGAAAGUAGACCUGUGGAAAUACGCGAUGGAGAUUUAGUCCAGUUGGGUGUUGACUAUCAAGGAGGAUAUGAAGAAAUUUACAGGGCUGUAAAGAUGCGGUUUGAAGUAAAUCGACCUGAGCAACCUCGACCCAUAUCUUACAGCAUGUCAGCCUUCAAUAAUCUUCGAAAUCUGACUCAUGUACACCCUCAAACAGAUCAACAAGAAUCUCAGGUGAUAAAGACAUCACCUUCAUGUGAUAGUGGACAAAUCGAAGUGGAAGAGUGUUGUAUUUGUCUCUACGCUUUAGCACCAUUCCAAGCUUUAUUUGUUGCUCCUUGUUCUCAUUCAUAUCACUUUAAAUGUAUCAGACCAUUGUUUGACAGUUACCCAGGAUUUCAAUGUCCUAUUUGUCGCACUUAUUCUGAUUUGGAUGCCAGUGUAGCCAUUGAAGCGGAAGAGGUCAUUGAAAAAUUCGGACUCAAAAAAUCUCCAACAGCUACGACAACAACAACAACUUCCUUACCUCAAAAACAUCAGCCACAACAAGUGCUUAGUGAAGAUGAUGAAGAUGAUAGCAGUAGCAAUGACAGUGGUAGUGAUAAUGAACGCCUUACUUCUUCACCUAGUCAUGUCAAUCCCACAAAUAGUUCUCCUACAACACCAACAGCAGCUGAACCGCAUUUAUCUACAACCUUAGUAGCUUGUACUACAAGUUUAUCUGGCAUGAUUCCUACUUCCUCAGAAACACCUAUUUCGAUAGAAGAAGCAUAAUAUCAUAGGGCCGCUUCUGUUAUAAAGUAUUAUAUCCUUGUUAUAUCUCUUAUUCACAAUGUAUAAAAUAUUAUGUAUAUUUCCUUUUUGGUUCAUAUUGAUCAUAUUAUAGACUGUUUAGAACUGCAUGUGUAGAUGUCUAUUUAUUGUACGACUUUCCUCAUAUACUUUUUUUUUCAAAAAAAAAAAGAAGACUACUGUCAAUACACUUGGAAUUGUCUCCAGGGUUAGGAAUGUUGACAAGUAUAAUAUGUUGAACAAUAAGAGUAUUUUUUAUACGACCCAUUAAUAUAUACAAAAAAGGGAGAAAGCACUUAUGGAAC